AUGGACCUCACGGAGGCGCUCCUCGCGAGGUACACGAACAGCGUCGUGGCGAUCCUGAACGCGGGACCCGGCGAUGGGCAGGAUAAGAACGCGGGCCUCGCCGCGCUGAGGGACUUCCUCCCCGCGCUCGCCGCGCUCGCGCCCACGGGCGCGUCCCAUCUCACGCGCGCGCUCGCGCGAUGGCGAGAGCAACAACAGCGCGCGCUCGUCUCCGGCAGCGGGCGGGACGUGUCCUGGGCCUCGAACACGCUCUCGCUCGCGUUCUGGCACGCGAUGCACCGCAUCCUCGCGCCGUUGCCGCCCGGCGCGCUCCCGCCGGGGGACGUCGCGCCGAUACUCGACGCCGCGUUCGACGCGCUGCUCGCGAGCGCGAAUCGACCGAACGCGACGACGCCGCCGUGGGAGCAGUGGGGCGGACGGCCGCUCGCGGGCGGCGCCCUCGACGCCGACGCCGACGCCGCGGGCGCCUCCUUGUCCGGCAGCGGCUCCCACGACGCGGCCGCGCCCGUGGACCUGGUCCCGUCCCCGCCCGUCUCGGAGCUCGCGGCGAGGUGCCUGGGCCUCGCGUCGCGGCACGACCCGGCGGCGGCGGCGGAGCGCGCCGCGCGAGAGCUCGAACCCAGGGCGCCGGCGGAGUCGAAACGCGCGGAAGCGCACGCGAUCAUCCACGGCGCGAGGUACCUGUACGUGUCCUUAGACGGCGCGGCGCCCGGUCCGUCCACCGCGACGCGCCGGGAGGGGUUCUUGGGCACGCAAGCCGCGGACAGCGGGCUGCGGUCGGCGGCGACGGUGCUUCGGCACCUCAACCCGACGGCGUGGUCCCCCGCGCACAGAAAGUCGGACUUACGACACGCGCUGUGCGCGCUGUUGACCGCGGUGCUCGCCCCGGUCGCGGGCGCGCGCGUGCCGGACGCGGCGUCGUCCGCCGCGCGCGCGGACUGGGCCGACGCCGUGAGCGCGUGUCGAGGCGACGUCGCUGCGUGGAUCAAGAGCAAAGAAAAGAAACACUCGCCGGCGGGGUUGCCUCUGUUGGGCGCGCUGCACGCCGCGGAGGCGCUGUGCGGCGGCGACGGCGGGAACAUGCUGCACGCGUUUUUAGACACGACGAUCGUGCGCGCGUUUAAGGAGCGGAGCUGUAGAACGGCCGCGACGGAGGCGUUACGAGCGAUCGUGGAGGGCAUCGCGCCGCCGUUGCUCCCGGGAGCGCGCGCGCCGUCGCCGCCGGCGCCGCCGCUACCGAACGUCACGCGCACGCGGCUUCGGACCGCGCUGACGAUGGCCGCGGCCGCGGUGAAGAAAGGCGGUCAAGGCGACGACGGCGGCCUCGCCGCGGCCGUCGCGCGCGCGACCGCGGCGAUGGUGCGCGUGGACCCGUUACUCAGCGCGGACGUCGUCGUGGAGUUGCUACGCGAAGGCGGCGUCGGCGAGGCGACCGCGGCCGGGUUGGACGCGGUCCCGGGGAUCAUUCUGCUCACGUCCGAGCGGUGGCGAGGGAAACGGCCGCCUCCUGGGCCAGGGGCGGAGGCGUCGAGCUCGGCGGAGCCGCCCGCGCCUGGGCUCGCCGGGGUUUUACAGUGCAUGCGCGACUCCGGAUUGGAUCCGCUGUCGGGGUUAGUCAAACGGAUCAGCGAUCAAGAAAAAGAAGAGAGCGGCGACGGCACCGGCGCGCAAAUCGCGGCCGAGCGCAUGCUCGAGGACUUACGAGCGAAGCUCGGCGGCGUCGCGUCCGCUCUGGGCGCGUCCUCGAACCCGAGUUCCCCGGACGCGGUCGCCGUCGCCGUCGCGUUGCUUCGAUGCGUGCCGUUCAUCGUCCCCGAGGCGUGGCGCGGCGCCGCGCUAGGAGAGUCGAUAACGCCGCUGUGCGCGAACCCGCACGCGUCCGUGCGCGCGGCCGCGGGCGACGCGAUUCGACGCGCCGUCGCGGCGACGCCGGCGACGAGAGACGCGAUCGUCCAGGGCGCGGCCGGGACGUUGCUGCGGCCGCACUCCGCGGUGAACGCGUCGCCGGGCGUCGCGUUGACGGACGUCGACGUCGCGUCGUCCGCGGCGGCGACGAUCAAGGACGCGUGCGCGGCGUGGCGCGUCGCCCUCGGCGAGUCCGAGAGCAGCUCGAGCGCGUCCACGAGCGAGAGGACCGCGGCGUGGGUGGAGUGUAACACCCUCGGGACGCUCAGACCGGAAGCCGCGGGGUUGCUCCUGUUGUGCAGCCCGUCCCCGGUCGUGCGCGUCGCCGCGGUGGAGAUGUUACGCGAAGUCGCCGCGCUCGCGGCGGCGUUGCGACGCGCGGGCGGCGUCGUCGUCGCCGGCGGCGCGGGGGCGAGCGCGCACGCGUCGCCGUCGCCCGUGUCGUUGCGCGCGACGCCGUUCAACGCGAGGGACCCGGGGAGAAACGACGCGUCCGCCGCUUCCGCGACCGCGACCGCGCCGUCGAUGUCGAGCGUCGUCGAGCAGUGCGCGUCGGACAUGAUGCUCGCCGCGCUCGGCGGCGACGGAUUCGGCGCCGGAUUCGGCGCCGCCGGCGACGUCGGCGCGCACGCCGCGACCGCCGCCGCCGCGGGCGCGGCCGCCGUCGCCGGGCACGUCCACGGCGGCGCGUGGUGCGCGUCCCUCGGCGUUCUCGCAUCGAGAGCCGCGGCGCUGAGCCCGGAGGUCACGACGACGGCGCGCGCGCAAGCGUUGCAACGCGUCCAGGCGAUCAUGAUGCAAGAGGGGCUGCAGCACAAGACCGCGGGCCCGCGCGCGCCGAUCGACCCGAGCACGGUGAAGUUUGAGAUGUGGCGGAACUGCACGUGCUUCGUGUGUGCGGCGUCGCCGUCGGAGCUCGACGGCGCGUCCGUGUCGCUCGCGAGCGUGCAGCAGACGCUCGUCGGGAACCGCGGAUCUCUGAGCGGGCUCUUCGCGCUGCUCGUGCCGUGUUUACGCGAGGGCGGCGCGCAGGCGGCGGCGGCGGCGGCGGUGCUCGCGCGAGUGCCCGCGCUCGCGGCGCCGCAGCUUCUCGCCGCGCUGGCGCCGUUGCAGGGCGCGCUGAGCGGCGGCGUCGGGUCCGAGCGCGCCGCGGGGGGGACGCCGUUCGAUCGCAAGAAGGAAGACUUGGAGCUGAGGACGCACCUCGCGUGGUUGCACUUUCGUCUCGCCGCGGGCGGCGCCGUCGCCGCGGCGCAGACCGGGCGAGAGGCUGUCGCGAAGCACUUGCUCUUCUUCGUGGACGCGACCGUGGCGUACGCGCACUCGACGUCCGCGGCGAUCGAGUGCUCCCCGGACGAGAUGGCUCGGUUGCAGUUCGCCGCCGCGGCGACGGCGACGGCGGCGGCGCCGCAAAUAUUAGCCCGCGCCCCCGACGCCGCGCCGCCGGAUUUGCGAGCGCGUCUGUUCGAACGCUUCCACGGCUGGGAGCAGAAGGCGAUGGCGGAGGGCGCGAGCGACGGCGGCGGCGGCGGCGGCGGCGGCGGCGGGAACUUCCCGUCCAUCCACGAGAGGAUCUCGCACGACCGGCGGCACAGCAUGGACCCGCUCGCGAGGAUGAGCAUGCUCGAGCGUCAUCUCCACGGCGCCGCGUCCUUGAGCAGCAUGGACAGCGGCUCGACGUCGUUAUCCUCGCUCUCCCGCGCGCAUUCGCAUUCGCGGCACCGGCGUCGCGAUAGUUUCAGGGAGGGAGGGUCCACGCACGGCGGUUCCAUCGCGGGCGACGACUCCGUCUCCGUCACCGGCGGCGGCGGAGGCGGGGGCGGGGGCGGCGGGGAUCGCUACGCGGAGAACAUCCUCAGCGCAUGGCGCGGCCCCGCGGCGUCCAUGGCGGCGAUGAGCGGCGGGAUCGACCGCGCCGCGCUCGGUCUCCCGCCGCCGAGCUCGCACUCGCACGACGGCGGCGACGAUCGAGACCGAGACCGAGACCGAGACCGAGCCGCCGACGACGCGAGCCGCUACAGCGACGACGUGAGCAGCGUCGGCGGACGGUCCGCGACCGGCGCCGGCGCUUUCGACGCCGGCAUCUCGCCCGCGGCGGUGUCGCGAGCGUCUCGAGAGGCCAUGGCCGCGCUCCUCGCCGGCCCCGCGUUCGACGCGGACUCCGAGCAAGCGACCGGGCGGGUGUUGACGUGGAUCAGGAGCCUGCUCGAGUCCGGCAGAGCGUCCGCGGCCGCGGUCGCGCGAAGAGCGUUGCGGUACCACCUCGGCGCGAACCCGCGUUUGGCGCACACCGCGCUCGACGCGUGCUACUCCGCGCACGAGCGCACCGCGGCGUCGCACCUUUCCGCGCUAGCGGAUCUGUACGCCGCCGCGGCGAGGACCGCCGCGGAGGGAAGCUCUCACGCCGAUCGAAGCAACGCGGCGUCGCCGCCGCUGUCGCCGAUGGCGUCCGGGGCGUGGAACGCCGCGGCGGCGGCGCGGGCGUACGCGGACGGCGGACGCGUGGACCCGCCGUCGUGCCACCCGGCGAGGUUGAUCGUUCUCGUCCUGUACAAGCUCGUGCAUCCCUCCGCGGGCGUGAGAGACGACGCCGUCGCGCUGCUGAAAGCGACCGCGGCGUUAGAGCUCAGCGGCGUGGGAGGGAACGGCGAUGUUGACGACCGCGGCGGUGCGAUCCUCGGCGAGAAGGAUCUCAUCGCGGAGCUCACGUCGCAGGACUCGUUGCCGGAGCUCCCAGACGCGUACCAGGCGUUUCAACAGGGCGCGUCGCGGCAGCUCGCGCGGCGGCACUCGAACCUCGGCGAGGACCUCCUCGUGGAAGCUCUGGAGCGGCAGAUGGACGAGGGCGCCGCGGACGCGGGCGCGCACAGGCACGUCCUCGCGGCGCUCGCGCCCUGGGUCGCGACGUUGCACCUGCCGCACAUCGCCGCCGCCGGGCGCGCCGAGCGUCUCCUUCGCGCGUUGUAUUUCGUCACGUUUUUCCGCGGCGACGCGUUCCCGCGCGAGAUCGAAACGCUGUGGCGACACAUCGGACGGUCCCCGAGGAACGUCGUCCCCGCACUGCGGUUCCUCGAGUCGAAAGGGUUAGAGGACACGUCCUCCGCGGUCGCGAUCGGGACGUACGUCCUCACCGCGAAGAGGGUGUGCUUGUACCUCGCGAGAGCGGCGCCGCAGCAGUCGAUCGAUCAGCUCGUGUACGCCAUCUCUCUCAGAGGCCUCGAGGUGGAUUACCCCCCGCGACCGAUUCACGACGACCGGCAGCGUUACUUCCACGGCGGCGGGAGCGGCGGCGGCGGCGGGAGCAUCGUCGCCGGGAGCGUCAGCAGCUUCGGCGCGGACCGGAGCGACCUGAGCGCGGACGCGGACGGCGGCGGCGGCGGCGGCGACGACGACGAAGACGGCGCGAUGCUCAUCACCGCGCCGGACCUCGCGAUCAUCCUCCUCGCGGAAGUCGCCGCGGAGCACGACGAAGACUUCCGCGUGCACCUCCCCGUGCUCUUACACGCGGUCACCGCGACGCUGUUGGGGUCGCCGGAGCCCACGGUGCGGGCGCACUGCCGGCAGCUGCUCGCGAAUUUAACGCACGCGCUCGCGGCGCGGCCGCUGAGCGCGCGCGGGAAAUCCGCGCGAGGCGGGGUCCACGCGAACGGGGCGUUUCAUCGCUCCGCGUCGCUCGCGCCGUCGCACGCGGCGCCCGCGCACGCCGCGAGCCCGGGCGUGAACGGCGGUUGGGAGGGCGAAGUCUCGCAGUGGGGGUACGCGGGGAUCGCGGGCUCGCCCGGGCAAGGGACGCGUCACGGGUCGCACGGCGGCGGGAUGUCGGGGUCGAGUCACGCCAACGCGUCCGCGUGGGGCGCACCGAACGACGUCGGCGGGUUCGGGUACGGCGCGGACGCGGGCCACCACUCCGGGAUCGGGAUGCAAGGCGGCGUGAACGCGCUGGGAGGGAGCUACGGUGGCGGCGACGCGACGAACGACGACGACGACGCGAGGGGACGCGCCGCGGUGGCCAAGCUGCAGGCGUUGCUCGCGCGGCCGGGCCCGGGCGGCGCCGGGAAAGAAAACGUCUCCGCCGCGGGCGUUAAACAUGCCCCCGGCGGCGGCGGGCACAGCGCGAGCGAAGGCGGCGCGUCGUGGACGCCCGAGUCCGUGGCGUCGCUCGUCGGCCUCCUCCCGGACGCGAUGAUCUUCGAGCCGGGUUUACGCGAGCAGUGGGCAGACGAGGCGCGGCGUUGGCUUUUACGCGCGGCGUCGUUUCCUCUCGCCGCCGCGUCCGCGCGCGUGCUCGCGGCGUUGAAAGUCCCUCUCGACGUGGAAUCGUCCGAGGCGCUUCUCGCGGCGUUGUGCUCGUCAGCGGCGGCAGCGGAGGGCGGGACCGUCGCGAACGGUUUAGGGUACGGCCGCGGUUCAGGGUACGGCGGAAUGUAUGGCGGCGGCGGCGGCGGCGGCGGCGGCGGGAUGGUCAUCUCCGCUCGAAGCGCGUCGCUCGCGGCGGACCUCGCCGGUUUACUCCUGGACACGCUCUCGGAAAUGCUCUCGCGGGCGGGCAGCGAGAUCGAGAUCGUGCCGUACCCGCACGUCCUGUGGGGCGCGGCGUCGUGUUUGCGGACUAUGAACGUGUCCCUGUACGCGCGCGCGGCGAAGUUGUUUUCCGUCAUGGCGUCCGCGUGGCCGCUCGACGACCCCUCCGGCGCGGGGGCGGAGAUCUUACGCGUCGCGUCGCCGCUGCCGAUCGGGUCGAAUUACGACGCGCGCGCGGUCAUCGAGCGCGUCAGCGCGGUCGCGGAGUUGAUCUGGACGUCCGGGAAAGGCCCGAAGGCGUUCCGAGGCGCGUGGGCGCCUCCGUACGAGUUGCCCGCGCCCGCGAUGGGACUUCGAGACGUGAUCCCGCUCUUGCUGAAGGGGUUCGUCCGAGGCGAAAGCGUCGGGCACGCCGCGCGCGCGCUCACCGCGAUCGUGUCGUCCGCGGGGUGCGAGCGGCGCGCGUGGGGCGGCGAACGCGGGCUCGCACUCGCGACCGCGGGGCUGCUUCCGUUGGUGUUGGCGGCCGCGGCGGCCGCGGAGGAGGAAGAAGACGCCGGCGGCGGCGGCGGCGCGGCGGCGGCGGCGGCGGCGGCGGGGACCGAAAACGGCGACGACGCGUCGGGCGGGGGAUCGAGCGCGUCCGCGUCCCCGGCGGCGACGAUCGCGCGCGCGAAAGCUGGUCCGCUGGGCACGCGCGAGGGCGCGGCCGCGGGUCGAUGGCUCGCGUCCGGCAUCCGCGGCGGACGAGGCGGCGCGAACGAGAACAUGGACGUCCUCGCGGCGACGCUCGAGUCUAUUCUCCCGCCGCCGAGACGCGCGGCGGCGGCGGCGUCGUCUGGCGGCGGCGGCGGCGGCGGCGGCGGUGGCCGGCGGCGGUACGCGGUCAAGCCGAAGAAACUCUCGAGGCCUCUCCCGCCGCACCCGCCGCCCUCGCCGCCCGGGACCCCGCGCGUGGCGAGGCUCGCGGAGAUCAUCGCGGCGCCGCUCGCGAAGUUUUUCUUCCCGCGACACGCGGUGGCGGCGACGCGCGUCCUCGUCGACGUCGCCGCGUCUCAAGGCGAAGGCGGCGGCGACGGCGUCGGUCCCGCCGCGGCCGCGGCUGCUCUCGCGCUGUUAUCCUCGCUCACCGCGCGCGCGCGAGGGUCCGCCGCCGCGGCGUUGUUCGACGCCCCCGCGGAACCGCACGCGCGCCACCCGGGCGGCGGCGGCGGCGGCGGCGGCGGCGCGAGGGUCGUCUCGCUCUUCGCCCCGGUGGCGUCGCUUCUCGACGGGACGCACUCGACCGCGGCGUUGGAUUUGCUCCAGCGCGUCGCGACCAGAGCCGCGGAGAUACGAAACGUCGACGUCGAAGAGGAAGACGAUGAAGAUUAUGAUGAAUAUGAAACGUCGCGUCGCAGGGAGGACGAGGCGUGGUGGACGGCGUGCGGCUCUCCCGCGCAGACGUGGGACAGCGUCGACGCGAACGGCGGCCGGGCGGUGGAUCUGAUGUGCGGCAUCGUGAGCAGCGCGGGGAUGGACCCGCACGCCGCGGGGUUGCCCGCGUGUUUAGUGCGUGACUCUGCGGAUCAGUGAGCGAUGCGAUGGAUAGGAUGCGUAUCAGGAUGUGAUGAUACGACUAGACGUAG